AUGAUCGUUCUGGACUCCGCGGAGCCUGACCGCUUCUGUUUCAUCGAACGAAUCAAAGCAUCAGUUAUCUUCCUCGACGAAACCUCCCUCCGAUCCGACAUCGUCCUCAACCACGGUGUCAACGACGUCAUCUGCUUCGGUGCAAGCGAGUUCAAACUCAUUUCUGAGAAGAAAAUCACCAAAUUUGAAGCUGAAUCUGAAUCUGACGAAGAAGCGAAAAACAAAAUUGAAAAAUUUAUCGAUGAGAAUAUUUCUUUCAAGGACAUUGGUUUUUAUACAACGACUUCGGGAAGCACUGGUGUUCCGAAGAUUAUCAAAGUGAGGAAUUCGACCAACUAUGCUAGCUUAAAAUGGGCAACAAACCCAAAGGGGCCAGAGGAUGUGCCAAAGCUCGCUGAAAAAUUCGGCGCUGAUCUUCCCAACAUCAUGGCUCACAUCAACAACGUCGCUGCUUUUGUCAAUUUCGUCGGCCACAUCAUGGUUCUCUUCCUUGGCCUGCUGAUGGAAGGCCCUCAUUUACGAAGAAAUCUUCUCCUCUGCGAUCAAAAUGAUCUCAAAUCUUCCCUCGCCGCUAUUGCCGCUGAAAAAUGCGGAGGAGUUUGGGGAUACACGCCGAAAAUAAUACGAAUUUCGGAGUCUCAGGAAUUGAAAGAAAUUGCGCUUCCUUCUGUCUCUCUUUUCAUCGCGGGUGGGGCGAAAAUGACAGCGGAACAUAUGCGCAGAAUCACGGCGAAUUUCGCCGCGGCCCAGAAUGGCCGAAAAUGUCAUGUUUUGAAGAUUUAUGGGUCGACUGAAAUGGGAUCACAACUUUUCCGAACUGGACUCUUAGAAACCGAUGAAUUCGCGGAAAAAACCGAUGGGAUUUUCUGUAGCAAUAAAGGUUAUCAAUGCGAGGUUCGCGAUUCGGACGGGAAGGUUCUUCCUCCUGGGGAAGUUGGGCAGAUUUUUGUAAAAUCUCCGGACUUGAUGAUUGGAUAUCUCGGCUUUCCGAAUCAGGGAGAAUGGUACGCGAUGGGAGAUGAAGGAUAUCUUACUGAAGAAAAUCGGGUGGUCGUCCUUGGCCGUCUGUCGGACCAAAUAACACUCGUCAACACUAAGAAAUCAAACGCUCUUGAGCUUGAAGAUCGAAUGUACAAAGCAGGCGAAUUCGUCAAAUCCGUCGUUGUACUUUCAAAACGGAACAACAACGCUUAUGACGACAUCUACUAUCUGGUCUACUGCGAUGAAACUGACGAUGAGAAAGUCAAAGAGCAUGUCAAGAAUGAUAUUCUCCUUCUUACCAAAGAGCAACCAACGGUCAUUUUUGUCCGUGAACCGUUUGAAGUGCUGGUUAAUGGAAAAAUUGACAAAAAAUCACUUGCGGCAAAAUAUAUUCAAUAA